AUUCAGUAUUGCUUUGUUUUUUUUUUUUUUCAUCUUAACAAGGUCUUUAUUUACGUAUUGUUAAUAUAGCUUAGUUACUGCUGACAUAUUAAUUUUCCAAGUCAAGAAAGGAACUGAGGGCCUGGACAGUUUUAGACGGCACAGCCUUGCUACAUGUAAGAAAUGGCUGUAGGAAACAACACUCAACGAAGUUAUUCCAUCAUCCCGUGUUUUAUAUUUGUUGAGCUUGUCAUCAUGGCUGGGACAGUGCUGCUUGCCUACUACUUCGAAUGCACUGACACUUUUCAGGUGCAUAUCCAAGGAUUCUUCUGUCAGGAUGGAGACCUAAUGAAGCCUUACCCGGGGACAGAGGAGGAAAGCUUCAUCACCCCUCUGCUGCUCUACUGCGUGCUGGCUGCCACCCCAACUGCUAUUAUUUUUAUUGGUGAGAUAUCCAUGUAUUUCAUAAAGUCAACCAGAGAAUCUCUGAUUGCCCAGGAGAAAACAAUUCUGACUGGAGAAUGCUGUUACCUGAACCCCUUACUCCGAAGGAUCAUAAGAUUCAUAGGAGUAUUUGCUUUUGGGCUUUUUGCUACUGACAUUUUUGUAAACGCCGGACAAGUGGUCACGGGGCACCUGACCCCGUAUUUCCUGACGGUGUGCAAGCCCAACUAUACCAGUACAGACUGCCGGGCACACCACCAGUUCAUCAACAACGGGAACAUCUGCACCGGGGACCUGGAAGUGAUAGAGAAGGCACGGAGGUCCUUUCCCUCCAAACACGCUGCUCUGAGCAUCUACUCCGCCCUGUACGCCACGAUGUACAUCACAAGCACAAUCAAGACGAAAAGCAGCCGACUGGCCAAGCCAGUGCUGUGCCUCGGGACCCUCUGCACAGCCUUCCUGACGGGCCUCAACCGGGUCUCCGAGUAUCGGAACCACUGCUCUGACGUGAUCGCGGGCUUCAUCCUGGGCACUGCGGUCGCCCUGUUUCUGGGAAUGUGUGUGGUCCAUAACUUUAAAGGAACACAAGGAUCGCCUUCCAAACCCAAGCCCGAGGACCCCCGUGGAGUACCCCUCAUGGCUUUCCCGAGGGUAGAAAGCCCCCUGGAAACCUUAAGCGCACAGGGCAUGGGCAUCAUGAAUCCUCAGGAGGUUCUUAGUAAUGUCUAA